AUGGAUUACGAGCCAAAGAAAUCCAGAAAGGGUUUUGCGUCGCCCAUCAAGCGCCUGGUCUGGUCCAGGUCCGGUCGGCGAGCUGCAGAGCGAGUCUACCGACGACCUCUGCACACGCUGCCUCUGUAUGCUCCAGAUUACCUCAUCCACCCAGAGAGGCUCAUCUUUGACUAUGUGGAGAAGGAGGUCAAGUUUCUGGGUCAUCUCACCUGGGUGUCCGUGUCCUUGAACCCGUCAAGUCGAGAUGAGCUGCUGCAGCUCUUGGACACUGCAAGACAGCUGAAGGUCCUGCCCCUGAAGACCAGUGUGGAGCAGGACUGCAUCCUCAGCCUCUCAGCUCGCUGCCUGCUGCUGACCUGGAGAGACAACGAGAAACUCCUGAUGCGAGUCCCCACACACGAGAUUGCUGCUGCCUCCUACUUGCGAGAUGAUGCACUGCACCUGCUCGUGCUCAAGACAGGUUUGAAUGUGGACACGGUGGUUGCCGGCGACAACAGCCCGGAAUGCAAAAAGUCCAGUGGAUCCAACAGCCGCCGCCAGAGCGUCUCCAGCGGAAACAACGACCCACGACCAGCAGGGGGCACAAUGGAGCGCCGACACACUAUUUGCGGACUGGACUGGAGGCCCUCCCUGUCCCGGGGCAGCCAUGACAAGAACCAGAGGGAGAACCAGAGGGAGAACCCAGGGGAACGAGGAGCCACUGGAGGAAGCCUGGAGAGGAAGAGGGUGUCUGGAAGCUGGGAGAGAAGACUUCCUGGUCGGAAACCAGGAGGGAGCUGGGAAAACCGCCGUGCUCGUCCCAUGAGCGGCAGCUGGGAGAGAGAGAGGAGGCUGGGCACCAGCAGCUGGGAGCGCCGAGGGACGGACGGCAGCUGGGAGCGUCGGCAGGCCUGCACCGGGAGCUGGGAACGCGGCAAGAGCUACGGGAGCUGGGAGAGGAGGAACCACAACCCCCUGGAGCCCACGCCCUGCCCUGACGCCUACUGCAACUUGGUCAUCCUGGCAGUGGAGAACCGGGACGCGGCAGAGGAGUACUGCUCUCUGAUCUGCCAGAUGUUCCAGAUCAUCUACGGUCACCGGACCAUCGAGUGUGUGGACCGAGCCGGCUUCCACCACACGCUGCCAGACCGCUACUGGCUGCAGAGGAGUGACAGCUGUCUGACGGAUGUGUCUUACAGUUAUGACCCGGAGUUCAGCUGUUGCAGCUCAUAUGAUGGCUCGCAGGAGGCCUUUGAUCUGUACUACAGUGAGACAUACAGCGAGAGCUCGUCCCAGCGCAGCGUCCCGUCUGCAAGCGAAGGAGACAAUAACGCCGCCCUUCUGCUCAUGCACGACUACAUGACCACUUUGCGUAACCGCUUGGAGCCUGGUGAGUUGCAGCAUUUUGCCGUGCUGCUGCGAGAGUACCGACUGGGCUCUGACAUUCGGUACUUUUGCUCUGAGCUCCUGCAGCUCUAUGGGGACCAGCGCAAGUUCCUCCUGCUCGGAAUGAGGUCAUUCAUCCCGGACCAGGACGUGGGGGUUUUUGAGAGCUUCCUGGAGAGCAUCGGGAUCAGAGAGGGAGGGAUUCUGACCGACAGCUUUGGACGCAUCAAACGCAGCAUGAGCAACACGUCGGCCUCCGCCAUGAGAGGCUACGAUCACUGCGCUUCGGGAUCCGGCUCCCAGGAGUUUAACCGUCGUAUGAUUGACAUCACGCACGACAUCCAGACGCUGGGCUUCAAAGACACUCACGCAGACAUCGAGGAGGAGGACUACUACCUGUGA